UCUGCGCCUAAUCGCACGCGCGCGAGGCAUAUUAGCAUCUCUCCCGAUGAAGACGUGAGCGAUUAUCGGAUCUUCAAUAUCGAAAAGCAAAAAAUUCUUUUCCGAGUAAAAGCGAAACGCGCGAUCGCGAUUGUUAGAUUUUAUCCAGUAAGAUAGACGCUCGAAAUUAUUCGGUGAUGAUUUUGCGGUGAUUCCUUUUUUUCUUUCGCUACCAUUGUAAAAAUUCAUUGUCAAGGAAAUUUUUUUUUUAUUAUUCUAUUUUUUGUCAAGUAUAUGUGACUUAUAAGUGUCAAAGGCACACGGCGUAUUUAGUGAGUCGCUGUCGAUCGAUUCCCGAUAGUUAUUGUUAUCUCGCGAGUGCGCCAUUACGGAGAAUUCUGAGGGGAACGCCCCUGCAGCAUCCAACGCAGGGGUACCAGCCAUUUACCUGAACGACGGCUACGUCGACAGUCUGAGCGAAUGUUACUUCGCGGGUAAAGGCGCUGCCCUAGUUUUACCGCCGAACGAAAGGGCUCGUCCUUCAAGGCGAGUCUCGGCGGCAGGAUGCGAUAUCCAGCAGCACUUACAGUCCAUGUUUUACCUAUUGAGGCCCGAAGAAACUUUGAAGAUGGCCGUGAAACUGGAGUCGGUGCAUCCAGGAAGGACGCGAUACCUUGUCGUCGUCUCCUGCACGGGAAGGCAGGACGAGGAGAGCUGCCUUCUCGGUAUCGAUUGUCACGCCAGGGCGACAGUCGGUCUCGUGCUUCGAGUUUUGGCCGACACCGCUAUCACUCUCGAUGGCGACGGGGGUUUCAAGGUCAGCGUUUGCGGCCGUCAACAUAUCUUCAAGCCGGUGUCCGUUCAGGCCAUGUGGUCGGCCUUGCAGACGUUGCACAAGGUGUCCGGUAAGGCACGCGAGCAAAACUAUUUUCUAGGUGGACUGUCGCACGACUGGGUCAGUUACUAUGAGCAACGGAUUGAGAGCGAUCGGUCGUGCCUCAACGAAUGGCAUGCCAUGGACAAUCUGGAGUCCAAGAGACCGCCGUCACCGGAUAGCGUACGCACCAAGCCCAGGGAGAGAGAAGAAACCGAACGCGUGAUUCGAUCGACACUGAAAGAGAUUAUGAUGUCCGUGGAUCUCGAUGAAGUUACCUCCAAGUACAUUAGGGGCCGUCUCGAAGAGGAUCUUGACAUGGACCUCGGAGAAUUCAAGCCGUUUAUCGAUCAGGAGAUGCUUAUUAUACUAGGGCAAAUGGACGCGCCAACUGAGAUAUUUGAUCACGUUUAUCUCGGGAGCGAGUGGAAUGCCAGCAAUUUAGAGGAACUUCAGAAAAAUGGUGUAAGGCAUAUCUUAAACGUUACUCGGGAAAUUGAUAACUUCUUCCCGGGCAUGUUCACUUAUUUGAAUGUACGUGUAUACGACGAUGAGAAGACAGACUUGCUGAAGCACUGGGAUAACACAUUCAAGUACAUCACCAAAGCAAAGAUGGAGGGGUCUAAGGUGUUAGUGCACUGCAAGAUGGGAGUGUCCCGGUCUGCCUCCGUGGUGAUAGCUUACGCGAUGAAGGCAUACAACUGGGAUUUCUCUCAGGCGUGGAAACACGUCAAGGAGAAGCGCAAUUGCAUCAAGCCUAACAACAGUUUCCUCCUGCAAUUGGAAACGUAUCAAGGUAUUUUGGAUGCGAUGAAGAACAAAGAGAAACUUCAGAGGUCCAAGUCCGACACGAAUCUGAAAUCUCCUACAUCUGCGAAAAAUCAGUCAAAAAAGGAAGAGAAAUCGGAUAAUACAGAGAACAAUAUGCGGGAGAUUUCGGGUUCGGAGUUGAAGAAAAGCAGCCAAAGGCCAAAGAGUUGGUCACCGAAUGUCAAAAUCGCUGAGAAUAUGUUACCUUCCGUUCCUUUAUCGCAGUCAUUGGAAAGUAUCGACAAAACAGGAAAUGCGGAAGUCACACGGGAGGAUCUGCUUCGUGGCUCGAAUCAAAAACCGGCGAUAGAACAGGAAGCUCGUAAUGUUCUAAUGCCCUGCGACAACGGGCAAUCUUACAGCGUGUCACAGAACAAGAUAAUGCAUCUAGAUCCCACCCCUACCCCUGGCACACCACCUAGCGUAAAGAAUAGAAUUAAUAAAUUGGAAACUCAGGGACAGAAGAGAAAAGGUUUGGUACUCAAUUUAACCAAUCAAUUUGAAGCGGCCAGCAGUAAACCGUCAUCACCGGGAUCCGAUUCGGAUGCGAAAUCUCUGCCUCAGAAUUCGAUUGCAGAGGACAUCGCGAAACCGAUUGAAAAUGGCCACUCUCAUUGCGAGCAAUCGCAGGAAUUGCAAGAAUCGCAGGAGAUUGUGACUUCUAUUGCGAGCAGAAGGCCUUCUAGAGAAGAAGCUUGGAAUUCUGGCGAAGAACAGAAGGAGACAAGAGAAGAGACAAGCCAGGAGUCCACUGAGGUCAAUAGUGAAUGUCUAGUCUGGACUGUGUCUGCGGAUGCAACAUGUGCUGAUUCGUGUAAUGAUAAUAAAAUUGUCGGAGGUGUGAGUGUGGAGAGUGAAUGUAUCGCGAGUGCAGCAACGGAUGUGACGCUAAUGUGUCCCGAUACUCUAGGAAAGAAAACGAAGAAGGACGAUCCGUUUAGCGCCCAGCUGGACCGAGUGUUCGAUCGCGAGGAGAGACGGGGUGAGCUUCCUGUCACAAGGGAAUCUCCGAGCAGACAAAGUUCCUGGAGUAGUUAUGACAGUGCGGUAGUUCUCGACAACAAUUCAAUGCAUAGUUCGUGGGCUACCUUACCGUCGAGAAACAGUUCCUGGGGUUCUUACGAUAUGCGGCCAUCCGAUUUACUCGGCUCCAGCGGUCUAUUUCCGUACGACAAGGAAGAGAUACCCUGGCAUCCGGGCACAGUAAAGCGCACUAAACAAAAACUGGAAGAAAGCACGACUGUGGGCGGGGUGAAACGCGUAUGCACGCAGAACUCGACGUCCGCGGAUGAUAAGAGCGACAGGCUGGCUGCUGAAGUGGACGCGGUGACGGUCGAAACGUACAAUCCGAUGCUGUUGCAUCACAUGCCAUCGCCGUUACCGACGCGAAGAAGAGAUUCGUCGCCCAGUCAAGAACACAAUCUUAAAAUAGAAACGAAUAGAGACUCGCCUAGUCCGGUAGGCAUCGACAUCUCCCUUACGCCCAUACGUCAGAUCGGAAGACUAUCCACGAGCGCCCCAGCGCCGUCCUCUUUGUCCUCCGAGUCUGAUUUGCCGCUGUCCCUGAGAUCGUGCAGAUCAGAAAGCGAGACAUCCAGUCCGUGUGUCGUUAAUACUCCUCAAUGCCCCUCCGUGAAACAUCACAAAAUGGUCUUGGAAAAUCUCUGUAACAAGUCCAUGUUCAGUAAACGCUGCCUCUCUGUGGACGACUCGCCGGAAGCAGAGUGUCCACGUAGCACAUCUGGUAUAGUGAAAAAUUUGAAAAAGGAAUUUGAGGCAAAGUCGACUAAACUAGAAAGGAGCCCCGAGAAUAACACAUGUGAGAGCGAAAACGUAUCACUGCCUGUGCGACCCAAAAGGGACGUGAAGAUCAGAAGCUUGCCUUCGUCGCCAGUGAUUCCGCACAACGAGUCUAAGAUUCAGUCGUCGUCCAGUGUCGGCGAAACCAAAGACAGCAAGCCAGGGAGAAGAAGCGAAACAACGCCACCAUUAUCGUCGCAAGAUAACACAUCGGAAGAUCUUUCCGUUCGAGUACUUGUGGGAAAAUACGAGGUCGCGAAGCCUGAAUCCAGGAAGAGCUCGUCGGAUGUGCAGUUGCGCGCGCACAAAGACAAAGAUUGGGAUACUAUGGAGGUGCAUCCGCCAGCAAAAUCGAAAAUCGCUCCCGAAUUCUCGAGGAGGUCGGCGCCAAUCAUGAUCAAUAAUCACUCGCCGCCUUUGUUUAGCGAAACGCCGGAAGCACCCGGUAGGCCGCCAGCAGUGCCGUCACCCAGUAUAGUCGUAGCCAGCGUAGUGGCAAAGGCAGCUAGCAAGAAGCAACAACAGCAUGGUAGAACUCAUCCCCUUGCUAGGCUACAGGUCAGGCCUAGGCAUAGCAGUCCUGUUUACAACACCAUGUAAAAGUGAUUAGGCGUCGCUUUAUUUUGCGUACGUCGAAUUUUUAGACGUAAUAUGAGUGUAGCGGAUAAUCUGGAUGAGAAUACCUACGUGGGUGUGUUAUCGUGACGAUAAAAUCGUGUGAUCUCUUUUUAUUGGCGAUGAAGAUUGGGAAGUUUCGGAGCUAAGAUGGUCGCGCCAAUUGUUCUAAGAGUAGAUCUUUUUUUUCCUCUCUCUCUUUCAUCAUCGCAGCGAUUGCUUGUCUAUAACCGUCGUUCCAUUUAUCGAGAAGAACGAUCUUGUCAUUUCGGUAAUGUAACUUAUUAUUUAUAAGACGAUAAUUUCGUAAGCGUUAUCGGAUCUUUUACUACGAAACAACGACAGGCGCUUUAUGUUCCUUCUUGUCAACGUAUAUGUAUAACUUGGCUUGACGUUAGUUCAAUUAUUUUAAGCUGGAAAUGCAACAAUCACGAGGCUGCGCGUCGAGAAGGAGGUCAACGUUAAAUUAAGGCAGAAAAGAGAUAAUUAUUAUUCCUAUAUCACUUCGUCGUAAGUUAGUGGGCUCGGAAUCAAACGUGCGUUAAGAAUGAAAAGUGUAUCGUGCGAAUGACAUAACGCGAAAGGCAGAGCGGGUUUUGGUCCGCAAAAGAAGAGAAAAAGAGCCGAGUGCUCAGUCAGGCUGUGAAUGUAAGGUCUGAGCCUCAGGCGCACGCUGACCUUUCUUCUGCUUCGCUUUCUUGAUCUUUUUUCUUUCUUUUUUUUUACGAAUUUAAAGUUACUUCGUGAGAUAAAUUUCUGAUCUGCGAAGCGAUUUUGUCGUAACGGAAUAAAAGUUAUAUACGACGAGACCUCGAGAUAAUGUAAUAUUAAGCCACACUAUUAGUAAUUUAUAGGUGAUAAUGUGAUUUAGAGAGAGAGAGUGUAUGAUGCACAUUGUGUGCGAGAACAUACGAUGUAGCGAAGUGUAUCUUUUGUUGAACGAUUGUUUUCGAAAGUACGAGUGUGAUUGAAAAAGGGGGUAUCCAAAUUCACGAGUUUCCAAUCAUCCCCGAAAAUGAUUCCUCCUGAUCUUUUUUCAACGGCCAUAUUUUACAUGAUCAUGGAACUAUGUGAAAUUUAGUCAAUCGAAGGGAUAGCAAUGUUGUAAUAAGUGGAUUAGAAAGAUUUCUCUUAAAGUGUAAAAUAAUAAUUUAGAGGAUUACGUACUAUUACUUUAUCUCCCGAAAUGUGUGAUAUAUGUUGCAAGACGAAGAUUACGAUUUUAAUAAAAGAUCAGAUCUUAUUAGAUUUUUAUUGACCUGCCGUCUCACAUUUAACUUAUGACCUAUAUAUGCGUGUAUACGGAUUUGGAUCUCUCCGCUGUUCGUGAUACAAUUAGACAGUCUUAGGUUGAAACGACCCUUAUUCUUGCGAAUUAGGUACCUCUUCUCAUUAAUUGUUAUUAACUCUUGCUCUUUGUAUUCUCCUACUAUUAUAAAUUAUCUUUAUCUCGAUUAAUUUCGAGAUUGUUUGAUCGUGUAAUGCUUUUCAAUGGCUGACGAUACAGCAACGAUAGCGCAUCAGGAAAUGUCGCUAUUAAUUUUCAUAAAUCAGAAAAAGUACAAGGAAACGACAAGGAAAAGUAUGUUGAUUUACAUGAGUGCAUGCAUGCACUAUAUAUACUUUUCCAUCGAUCGACUUGGAGCGAUUAUAUCUGUAUGUAAACGUCACAAUAUUUUUUUAAACACAUAUCAUCGACUCGUCGUUAAUUUUGUAAAUCACACACAUUUCUACCGCGUCUUGCGAAAUUUAGUUAGAUGACGAAAACGAAGGAAACCCGAUUUGCCGCGCAUUGACGACCAAUUUUAUACUCCGAUGUACUCUGACGAAUGCGACCGCUGCUAAGAGACGCUUCGUGAUCGCGUGUCGCGAUUUUAUCGUAAUAUAAAAAUAUAUUUUAUUACAAAUAUCACGCGUUUCAACCAAAUUAGGCUCGUUGAUCGUUCAGAUUGUAGAUACGGGCGAAAUAUGUGGAAUAUGUAGUUUUCCGAAUAGGUCUGUUGGGUCGCACCUAGAGAUUAACUAUUACUCUACUUACACAAGUUAAGUACAAUCAGAUGUGAUUUAGAAAAAAAGGAUGAUCUGUUUUUUUUUCUCUCUGCGAUACCUCGCCGAAGACAACCGCGUCCUAUUUUUAAGCGAAAAUAAAAUUUUAGAGUUUUGAAUGCUCCAGCAAAGUCAUCAAAUUUAGAGUAUAUUCGAAUUGUUUGUAUAUAUAUAUAUAUUUUUUUUUGUUUUUUUAUUUUAUUAUCAGCUAAUAAAGCUGAUUUUAAUCCGUUAAUAAAGAUUGCCCAAGAUUUCAAUGACCGUCAUGUAGAGUGUAGAUAAAUGUCUGACGAUAUACUAAUCGUCUCAAGUGUUGUGAAGCAGGACAUAUCGUCGUCUUCGGCGCGAGUAUAUAAUAAAACGAUGCGCUUUCUGCUCUCUCAGCGUGUUUGUGCGCGAGCAAUCUUUUUUCUACACCGAAUCGUUUCAACAACCGAUGGAUUUGCUCGUGUCAAGUAAGUUUAUAUUGUCACAAAUCGAUGUGCUCAGUUUUAGUGAUUAUCCCUGUCCUGUUCCUCCGACCGCCCCCAAUACUUGUCUCUUUUAAGUCUUGCUUAAGUGUGUGCGUUCGCUCGAUAUGAGAACUUGCUGUCAUAUGAGAAAUGAUAAAACCGUACGUUGUUCUGUAUAAAUUUUGUACUAUAGUUUGUAUCAAAUAAAAUACAUUGUUUAUUGCUUGAGA